CUAGCUAAUGGAUCACAUGCUGCCUACUUUCAACUGUUGAACCUGUUUGCAUAUGGAACAUACCCUGACUAUUUAGAAUCAGCUGAAGAUGACUGAAUAAAGGAUGUUGCUCUGAGGAACUCCUAAAACAACUUUAUGAAGCUAUUAUCAGCCUCUGGAAAUUACAGCCACCUUCCUGCAUGUGAAAUAUGACUCCAAACAGUAAUUGGCUUUCCCAUUGAUAGGGCUCCUUAUUGUCAUACUCAGUCAAACACAGCCUUGAUGUUAAGGCCUACUACACCACUUGCCCACGCUUCCUUUCCUUUUGUGUUCAACUUUUUUCACCAAUCCUGGAUGAAAGUUAUGAUGUGAUCUGGAGCUGACUUAUUUGGACAGAACCUGAACUCUGCUAGUGAUCAGGUUAUUGUUGAAUAGGUACUACAUCCUCAGUUUAUGCUGGACAGAUGUCUAUUAUUGGCUUGAUAGCGUCCUGCACCGUAGACCUUAGGUCAACUAGAAUUAAUUAAUCCAGAUAUGCUGAUUGGAACAUGCUUUUAGAAGUUUCAAAAUUUGAGGAGUUGGGUGCCUUCCAAAUGUUUGGACUGGAACAUCUUCAGGAAUGACUUUGACCCAUGUGGAAUUUUCUAUUUGAUGAACCUGGACCUUCAAGAAGUUAAAAGUACAUAGCAUAACCCACAGAUACACAGGUCACAUAUACAUAAACAGCAAAACUUUACCAUGCAACAGCAUCAAACAUAAGACUUCUGUGCCUCAAAGUGGAGAAUCACCACCACAUGAUCCUUCACUAAGUUCUGAAGAUGCAUUAUCAUUUGGUUGAAAAUGAAUUGAAGAAGCCAACGAAAAGGCACAAGUACUCUUUUUAUUAGCACUUUAGUACAGAACGGAGGUUGGAGUAAUACAAACCAGGAAGCGAUUUGUGAUUGGUGUAUGCUAUCAGAUUGACAAGUAUCUUUUAUUCCCAAAUGUAAAAAAAAUCUUGGCGGUACUUUUACUGCUUUCUACAUUUUCUUGAAAAUAGAGGAGCCUGCAAGUCAUCUUCAGCAUUUCUCAGGUGAAUGAUGCAACAGAAGCUGCUUGCAGGAAAUUAUUAUAAACCAUCAAAAGCCUGGAAAUUCAUCAGCAGUGUGACUUUAUCUCCAGUUGAUUUGCUGAAGGUUGUGAAUCAAGAAACCCUUACAUAAUACACCAGCUCAAUACACAACUCUCAAAAGAGCUGUUGAAGACCUUCAAUCUCCAAAUGCAGGCUUAUUUGUUCAAUUUAGCAAAUAAGGGAAGUCUACCCGAAUUAACAUUAGCUCAGAAGAACAAGCUGAAACAUCUCACCAUAGUAAGCUUGGCUGCAAGAAUGAAGUGCAUUCCAUAUUCCAUGCUCCUGAAAGACCUUGAUAUAAAAAACCUCAGAGAGUUGGAGGAUUUAAUUAUUGAAGCAAUUUAUACUGAUAUAAUACAAGGCAAACUUGAUCAGCGAAAUCAGCUUCUUGAAGUUGACUUUUGCAUUGGCAGAGAUCUCCAAAAGCAAGACAUCAGCAACAUUGUUAAAACUCUCCAGGAAUGGUGCGAUUGUUGUCAAGCAGUUCUGCUAGGAAUUGAGCAGCAAGUCCUCCGUGUAAAUCAGUAUAAGGAAGGUCAUACAAAAACUCAGCAGCAGGUAGAAACUGAGGUGGCCAACAUAAAGAAGACAUUGAAGGCAACAGCCUCUACCUCAACACAAGAUCCUGAUCAGCAUCCCAUGGAUCGUGACACGCCACAGCUUGUUGAACAACGUCCAUCUACAAAGAAACUCUCAAAAUCUAAAAGUUUAUCAUCUAGCCGUCAUUAGAAAAAUGUGGGAAGGAUUAUUCCAAUUCUUAUAGGGAAACUGAAACUGAGAAGAAAUGAAAAUAUAAUGAACUGUGCAACGGUUCUCCCAAAUGACAAAGAAAAAGAUUUAAAUAGCUUUUCUUGUGCAUUUGAAAAUGUUUCUUUUUUUGUAAUACACAGGUUUUAUAAUAGAAAACUGAAUGACUACUGAAUCAUCCUUUCCUAUUAAAAGGUACUAGUUACAAACUGA